GUUCAUUCGGUUGACGGUUGUGGUGCCGGAGGGUGGGUUUUAAUUACAAGUUUUCUGGAAACUUCGGUGAUGUACUGAAUUGUAUCCAUUUUGCCGUUCAACUUUUCCCGUAUUUGCUAUGUAUGUGAAUAAUCGGUGUAGUGAUCUAUUCAUUUGUUGAAUGUGGCCAAUUGAUGAAAUAGUUUUAUAGAUUGGUUGAUUGAUUGAUUGAUGGAUUGAUUGAUUGGUUGAUUGACUGAUUAGUUUUGGCUGAUCAAUAUUUUAUGAUAUCUUAUCAUUUCUCGUUUGCAUUACUGGUAAUUACGAUGUAGUGAAUGAAUUAUUUUCCAUUUUUUAAAUAUGUCAAAACCUAUGGAAGCUGGAGAAACUGCGAAAGAUAAUGAAAACGCCGAAUUGUGUUCGACGGAUCAACAGUUAACAGCGAAUGGUGCAGCACUGAUCGAGCAGAUCAAUAGACAGAAGAAAGAAAUUGAAGAUGAAGUGAGGAAGGAGCAACCACUGAUCGCUCAGAAGGAAUCAAUUAACGUUUUGCUAAAUGAAUAUGAUCGAGACAAAAGUGCUGAAUAUUAUCAGAAAUCAGAGGAAUUGGCGAAAGUAUAUAGUUCCUUGCGCCGCAUUCGUGGUGAUGGUUGCUGUUUCUAUCGAGCUCUUCUUUGUGCUCAGCUAGAAUGUAUUUUAAGUGAUCCGGAUGAAUUAAUUAGAUUUACAAAAGUAUGUAAAGGAUGGCGGCAGCGUUUAAUGAAGCUUGGAUUUCCAGAAUUCACAACGAAUGACUUUUGUGAUUGGUUCGAUGAAUUGUUGGAUGAUAUUGCAGCGGCAAAAUACGAUGAAAAUUUGCUUGUAAAAGCUCUAAAUGAAGAAGGCCGCUCAAAUUACUACGUAACUUUCUUUAGGUUAAUCACAUCUGGUUAUUUGCGGGAAAAUGCUGUUGAUUUCGAAGGUUUCAUUGAUGGUGGCCGUACUAUGGAGCAGUUUUGUCAAUCCGAAAUAGAACCAAUGUUCAAAGACUGCGAUCAUUUAGCAAUUAUUGCUUUAACCAAAGCUAUAGGAGUAUCAAUUCGUAUCGAGUAUAUGGAUCGAACGGCAGCGGUACAUCAUGGCUGGUUUUAUGAUUUUAUUGUCGAUAAGAAACCACGGCAUUUUUUUCUAUAUCGUCCGGGUCAUUAUGACAUUAUUUAUAAGAAUUAAUGACUUAUUUUGUUCUGAGCAAUUUUCUUCCGAUGUCCGUUUGUUACAUUUGCUUAAGAUGCAAAAGUUUGUUUGAAAUGUGUUAUGAAAUAUAAAGGUUAUAAUAGCGUGGAGACGAUAGCUUGACCAGUGACUGGUUAAAGCUAACAAUUGGCAAUGCGAAAC